UCUUAAGUACCAACAAAUUCCCCAUGUGGAAAAUAAUAAACACCGAAGUAAUUAAAUUGGAAAUUAAAGGGUUAAAAUCCUUACAUCAACUGAAGUAGUUUUGAACAAAUCCAAAGUUGACAUUUAAGGGGGAAAAAAUUUAAAAUUUAUUUUAUGUGUACUUGGGAUGGAUAAUUUGCAUUUGUGUCUUAAAUAAAUAAAUUGAAUUACAAUAAAUACUUAAUUUCUAAUCCCAGACACCCGGAUAUAUUGCCUUGUAGUGUGAUGUUGAGGCAGGAUCAAAAUGACAGCCACUUGAGACGUGCACGUCGAGGAUUCAGUUACUGUAUGGCAGUAAUAACAAAGAAAAUGUGCUGGUCAUGAAGGUUAACAGGACCUGGAGCAUGGACAGAGUAAAGGAUGCGGAGCAGAAGAAUCGAACAAAGAAACUGAAAAACCAGGAACUUAACAAGUGAAGUAGGGGAAGAAAAUGACAAAGGAACCAGACGAACUGAUCAGAGGCGACGUGGAACAGCUGUGACAGAAUGAAAGCUGGAAAACUGAGGGAAGGAGACUAAUUAACAGCCGAACAGGACUCAAAGGCUCCACACGAUUGUCAUGCUAGCAGGUAAUAGGAUCCUAAUUAAGAAAUAAACCAAAAGGGAAAAAGCGUCACAAUAAUCUUAGAGAAAUAAAUACAAAUGUAAAGGGAGCAGAACACAAAAACCGAGAAACUAAACGUGAAGAGAUGAAGGAAUGCAGGAACACCUGGGUAACAAUAAUGAAUGGCAAGACCUAAAAAAACAUACUAUUGCUAUACUAUCGAUCAAAACAUUAACCUUUUUUUUCCAUUUUUUUUUUUUUUUGGUUAAAUAAAUAAUGUAUCCCUUGUAAGUAUAAUGCAAUAUAAUUCACUAAGCUUUCAAAACUAAGUAAAGAAAUCUUGAUAAAUCUCAGGAAUGUCCAUCCAGAAACAGAUUAUUUAGUAUGUAGAUCAUUUAGGUUACAGACGCAGAUUUAUUAUUAUUAAUUUGUUUGAAUGUGUCACUGCUGUAUCACGGAAGGCUUUUGCACAAACUCUAAGUGUCCUUUAGAGACCCUCUUGGAGCAGCAAACCAGCCUUUUCCCCACUGACCAGCUGUUAAAACCUAACAGAUAUUGAUUGGUUGCAUGUUUACAGUUAGUUUCAAACUCUGAAGUCCAGGGAUUUAUUUCUGAUUAGUCCGAACAACAAACACUUGAAUGUACAGAAACUGAGACGGAGAUAAAGUCUUUGAAAGCAAAGGGGUGGGAAUUCAAAAAGCAAAUCAUGACGGUUAGGUUUGAAAAGGCCAGUUCUCACUGUAGGAACAGACUUUCAGGAUGCAAAGAGUUGUGUUUCUGGUGCCUCUACUGGUUGUUGGAUCGACAUGGACCCACCAGAUGGACCCAGUGAUAGAAAAUAGUCCAGUAAGACCAAUGGAGAACUUUGAUUUUGAGCAGUUUAUAGGACGAUGGUAUGAAAUGGCUGUGCUGUCUACUUGUCCUCACUACAUGCAGCGCAAGAAGAGAAACCCUGUCAUUGUGGCGCUAGACCUGAAACAUGUUCCUACUCAGCAUAACUUUACAAUGACUUCCUCCACCUUCAAGAAUGGCACAUGUGUGGAGACUUUGACAGUUUAUAGCUUGACCAGCACUCCAGGGCGAUUCUUUCACCAUGUUGCAAGAUUUGGAGCCGAUGUGGAUUCGUUCGUGAUUCGCACAAACUAUGAUGAGUACGCUCUGAUGCUGCAGCUGAGCACAGAGCAACCAUCGGGAAAUAAAACCACCACAGUUAAGCUUUAUGGUCGAACUACGAGUGUUAGUCGUCCUGUUCUUGAUCAAUUUAAUGCACUCAUCAGACAUCAUGAAAUGAGUGAAGAUGCUGCUAUCAUGAACCAACACAAAGGUGACUGUUUUUCAGGUAAACAAUUGAUGGAGAAAACUGCUAACCACCAGGCUUUUGCUCCUCAGAUCUCCAGACAGAAUAUUACAACAGAGGAAAAGCAAAAUGAUGUCUGACCAGGUGACAAAUAACUCAUUGUUAGAAAUUUUAAAAAGCCUCGUCUUGGAUUUGAUUUCUGAUGCAGCUCACAGUCUCUCCAACUUUUUGUUUAUACAUCUUUUAAUAUACAAAGUUCACUUUUGUUUACUUUAGAUUUUCCUCCCAAUUUUAAAUUGGAAAGAACCUAAGUGGUCAACAGUACCACUGUGCUGGAGCAGCUAAAUUAAUUUGCAGAUUUUGUCUGGGACAUAACACAAUUACCCAAUGUUAAAAAAAUGUAUUGUAUUUUAUUUUGUUAUUAUUACUAGUAUUUUUUGUGGUGAAUAGUAUGCAUAAAUUAACACAAUGUCUCAAAAUUCAAAUAGAACUAAAGACAAAAAAUAAUAAAGAACUAUUUGUUUGUAUGAUAUCUGUCUGCUGAACUCUGGAUCCUUUCUAUAUUUGUAAUAUAGCUCAACGCCACAUUGUUCUGAGGAGCUGGUUGAGUAGAAGUUCAACUUCAGCUUCACACGUUGAGCUACUGAGUUUGAGCAUGUUCGGGUGUAGCUAGUGUGGCGCUGGAUAGUGUUAGCGGGGAGACACCAAAGUGUAAUUUAAUGUCGGUAUAAAUCCAGCCGUUCAGUGAAGAUGUCAUGUUAAGGAACAAACGGCAUCAUGAUGGUCGAGGAACACAGCAAACAGAGUGAAGCUGGGUUAGGUUGGAAAACGAUAUUCCAGACCAGAUGCAACAAAGCACACGCUAUACGGGAGCUGCAGAGAUCCUAAGAUCAGUUUGCAGAAUUCUUCGAUAAUCAUGUGUUCUGCAAACUUGUCUUUGGCGGAAGAGUGGCGAGAAAAACGCCGCUGAUAAAAGAAAAUGGUAAGAAGUGUUUACAGAUUGACACGAGUCAUGUAGGAAACAUAGCAAAAUCGAGGAAGAAGUCGUUCUGGUCAUUUGAGGCCAAACUUGAGCUUUAGAGUCUUUAUAUUAUUAAGUUUGGCAGAAAAUUAACCUUCAGUGCACUCCUAACGCACUACCUCCACAAAGACAGAUGGUGGCAGCAUGGCGCCGUAAUUUGUUUUUCUUCAUCAGGGAUAAGGAAAUGCAUGCCACACUUUUCAGAAUUUAACAAAUGUGAAAACUAUGAAUCCUUUUCAUUGCCCUUCACGCUUACGUACUACUUUGUGUUGUUUAACACACAUAAAAUCCCAAUAAACCAGCUUAGUGUUGCAUAAUAAUAAAAUGCAAAACGGUUUAGGGGUUGUGAUAAGUUUGUGUUGUUACGUUGAAGAUUUGACAAAGUAAAGAUUUCAAAAGCAGUGAUCAGAGGAACACAACUGACCCGAUAUGACCAGUAUGUUCACUUUCUGAUCAGCAGGGUGUGCUGUGACAAAAGGAAAUGAACUUUUCUCGCCACAAUGUAGAAAUCGGAACAAGCCAACUCAUGAGCAAACUUCUUAUCACUUUAGAACCAGAAAAAAAAACUGUAAAAAAAUGUAUUGUCAUUUGUUUAAAAAUAUAUAUGCACACUUAUGUCUGUUUACAAUUCUGCUAAAUGAUUCAAUGAAAGCAAGCAUAGUUGUAUUCUGCAAACAUUUUUCCAAACGUGGGAACUAUUACAGAAGAAAAUGUCCAGAUUUGUGCUUCUAAAUCUGAUAGUACUGUCAAAUGUAUAUAAAAAAACAAAGUUUAUGAAAAUCCUGGAUCCUGUUUAUUUAAUAGAAUACCAUCCAUCCAUCCAUCCAUACAUUUUCUAACACCCUUGUCCCUCGGUGGGGUC